AGUGGCAAGUAGCUAAAGGUACUUGUCUAGGACAGUGAUGAUUUGGAACUGUUUUUGGCCUGUACAUUUAGAUUAGAAAUUUUCUCAAAGCUAUAACCAGGAGCCAGUGGGUUUUUUUUGGCCCAGAGAGUUGAGUAUUUGUCUUCAUAGCGCACAGCCAGUGAUUCUUAAUUUUUCUAUUAUCUGGGAGGAGAUGGGGUUAUGUGAGAGAAAGUGGGCCUGAAAGAAGGGAACUUUAGUUAUGGGGCUCUGGGGAUGGCUGCCAGGGCCUGAGUGAGUAAACAGAGAACUGUCUGCAUACACUACAGGUCAGCAAAAGACUGACUAUUGGAUACUAGUUAGGACUGACAUGAAGAGGGAAGGCUUCCAUGUUGGUGCACUGAACUAUCAUAGUUGCAGAUCUGUAUUCUUUUCAUGAUUUCUUUCUCCAUGGUCUUGGAUCCUUGAUUCAAGGGAUGAAAUUCUGGCUAUUUGGAGCCAACAGAAAGCCAGGCCAGUGGAGUGAGUACAAAGUCUAUGUGGUUCAUCUGGUGCUGCCAAAACGAGGAGAAACAGACAGACCCAGCUGAAGCAAAAGUUGGUGACCAUGGAAUACCAGGUCCUCCUCCCAUCAAGAGUAUCCCUACUGGGCAUAGUGCUUUGGCUAUUGGCAGCUGCACACUUUUCUUCAUGCCAUAAUAAUCAUGUCCAGAACCAUUUCUCAUUGUCCAAUCCAGAGAAGAACAAUAUCCAGGAAAAAAAGAAAGAGGCGUCAUCAGAACAAGAAUUUGACAAUGAAGACCUGAAAGUUUUUUAUCCCACAAACCAAUGGCAGACCCUUCAGCCAGAUCAAGCUGUCCCCGCUGGUUCCCAUGUGCGUCUGAAUCUACAGACUGGAGAGAGAGAAGUAAAGCUCUCAGAUGAGGAGAAAUACCAAAAUAACUUGAAAGAGCAAAAAAAAGGCCAAAGGUUGGACCUCAAUACACAUGGUUUCACAACUCAGGACCUCAAGAGUGCUCUUGAAAAAUUCAAGGAGGGAGCAGGGGCUGAAAAAGAAGAUAAGGCCCGGCAGGAAGAGGUCAGGCAACGUUUCCGUCCUAUUGAAGAUCUGAAGAAGGACUUUGAAGCCUUGAAUGUUGUCAUCGAGAGUGAUCUUCAGAUUAUGGUUCGGUUGAUCAAUCAAUUCAACAGCUCCAGUACCACUCUGGAAGAGAAGAUAAUGGCUCUCUAUGACCUGGAAUAUUAUGUCCAUCAGAUGGAUAAUGCCAGAGACCUGCUCUCCUUUGGGGGUCUUCAGGUGGUGAUCAAUGGGCUCAAUAGUACUGAAGACUUGGUGAAGGAGUAUUCUGCUUUUGUAUUGGGUGCUGCUUUCUCCAGUAAUCCCAAAGUUCAGGUCGAGGCCAUUGAAGGUGGUGCUCUCCAGAAGCUGCUGGUCAUCUUGGCAACUGACCAUCCUUUGGCUGUGAAGAAGAAGGUCCUGUUCGCUCUGUCUUCCCUCCUUCGGCAUUUUCCCUACGCGCAGCAGCAGUUCCUGAAGCUGGGAGGCUUGCACGUCCUCAGGAGCUUGGUCCAUGAGAAAGGCAUGGAGGUGCUAGCCGUGCGUGUGGUCACACUGCUCUAUGACUUGGUCACUGAAAAGAUGUUGGUAGAGACCGCAGAGCAGGACCAGGGCCCGCCAGAAGAGAAGGUCCAGCAGUACCGCCAGGUGGAGCUCCUGCCGGGCCUUCAGGAGCAGGGCUGGUGCGGCAUUGUGGCCGGGCUGCUGGGGCUGCCGGAGCAUGACAUGCGGGAGAAGGUGCUGCGGACGCUGGGCGCCCUGCUGGCCCCGUGCCGGGAGCGCUACCGUCGAGACACCCUCCUCAGCAGCAUGCUCCGGGGCUUACGGGACGAGUACCAGGAGCUGGCUGCCCUGGAGCUCCAGGACGGGGAGGAGAAUGGCUACUUCCAGGAGAUGCUGGGCACCAUCAACGGCUUCAUCCAGGAACUUUGAUGAGGUCCACCCUCGGGGCAGCACCAGACAGAGACGGGCCUGGGCUCAAAGGAACUCUAAUGGAGUGAAGGAAGCCUUCUCACACUGACACUGAAGUGUCCUGCUGACCCUGUGUUUUGGCCAUUAAAUGGAGGCGUUGAGAGUUUGUCAUUUGUCUUUUUAAUCUUCUUGAGAGUUCUGAUCUGGGGAUCGUCCCAUGGUAGAGGAAUAGCUGCACCCAAGUGUAUGGAAUAGAAAUUCACAGAAUUAUUCAGGAGCCAAGUGGCCGGGCUGGGAUGAAUGAAGGAAAAAAUUAACCAGUGGGGUCUUAUUUACAGUGUUGCUAAAUCAGGGUAAACCAGGAGCUCAGAAGUUGGGAUCCCCUAAGGGAUUUGUGGACAAAUUUUUAAGGCUGUCUGUGAAAUUGAAAGGAAAAAACAUUCUGAGAAAAUCAAUUUCCUUUGUAAUUAUUUUGUGCAUUUAGAAACAUUAUUUUGAGAAGAUCAUAUUAUUUCCUCAGACUGUCCAAAGUUCCAGGACAUGUAGAAUGUGAAUAUCCCCUAGGUUAAAUAACCGGGUAUUCAGUCAGUGAGGCCAGUAUUGAAGACAGGGACUCCCCCCAAUGACCUGAAUCCAAACCCUUUUGAACCCUUGUUUUUCAGUUCUGUAAAAAACCAGCACUAUUUCUGUGGCACUUAAAAGGUUUCAAAGAAACUUUUUUCACAAUAACCCUGUAAGACAUAGAUCUUGCUAUUAUUAGCACAUUUUACUGAUGAGAAGAUUGAAGUUCAGAGAUUAUAUGAUUUUAAGGAUCCAAAGUCCAGAGUUAGAUGUUAAAUGGCUCGGAUGUGGUCAACGGGCAAGAUUUGGAUUACGUUUGUACUCUUUCUGAGGAAUGGUGAAUGUCGAUGACUGUUUUGCAAAUCUUAAAUUUAGUAUAUAACUUGGCAUAGUAAUAUGAGCUGCUGUUGCUAUCAUGUUUGGUCCUCCUGAGAGUCUCCAAGGAAUUCAGAAGAGGGAUGAUAGCUCCAUUUACAGCUUUAAUUGUGAAGCCACAGAGCUGAGCCCCAGCGAUAAGCAGAGGGGUCAUCAUGUGGGACAGACGCAUCUUUCUUUCAUGCUGGCGUUUUUGUGGCCAGUGUUUGGCUUGAUGUGGUGGUCCUUCUGUUACGGAAGACCAAUGAUGUCACAAAUGAGGGAUGUCUUGAGUAUUCUGAUCAAGGAAGGGAUUGGAGGGGAGAGCUGGAUCAUAGACUUUAUAAGAACUCGUACCUUUCUUCCUGACUUCAGCUGAUGUCAUUUCUUCCAUCCAUCAGAUGAUUUUCAGGCAGUCCUGGGACCUUUGAUGACCAGAUAAGAGAGGUCCUAUCUGAGGCUGGGGAGAAAUGAAGGUCCAGGGCUCUUGUGUGGUCUCCAUGCCUAAUAAGGAGAGACUGUGCAUGGCAGCUGUGAGCGCGCAUCCUCGUUGCUAUGGCAACUCUGGCUUUAGGGUUUCCCAAUUUGGAUUCCUAUGUUUGUUUUUCUACCUUUCCCAAUGCACCAGCCGGACUAGGCUGGCUCCCUCCCUUCCUUUCCAAAGAAAACAUGAGAAAACUUAAAUCUUGAUGAGGACUGGCUCCUUGGGUCCAGGGAUUAAAUUUGAGGCCCAUUGGGAAGGGAUUUGGGAUAUAGAUUAUGCUCAGGUAACUUGAUUUUACUUUACAUCCAGGUCUCUCUGCUUGACCCAAGGCUCCAGCUUAUUUUUGGGAUCGGGAAAGGCUUGAAAAGUACUUGGAAUAGGCUUUUCUAGGCUCCCCACCUUUCCCUGAGUAGGGAGGGAAGAAUUAUGGUCCUGGGGUGGGUUCCAUACUUACCCUACUCAGAGCAGAAAUAGGAAUUCAUCGCAGCUGGCUGAGCUUAGGGCCCUUUCUCUGUGAGGAUCUCCCUCAUUGCAGUAUUUCUGUCCCCAUGAUCUCAGCCCUUUCUAAUCCUUACCAACCAGGGCAUGAGAAGAUCAGGGGUAGCAGAAUGAUCAGACGUGGCCCAGCCCCCAGCACAACAGAAGUAUAUCUUGCCCAGACCCACCUACCCUACUGCCGGAGUUGCUAUAUAAGGACUUAAAAGGAAGAAAGAUGAAAGUUGGAAGAGCCUCCCAGGGUCCCAGAAGGGAAGUUAGGAGCAGAGAGCAGGCAAGGUUGGGGCAGGGCCAUUUCCUGGGCACCAUGCCCCGACCUUUGAUCUUUGAGGUCAUAAAGGACAGGUCCUGUCCCAAGAUCAGCUACAUCUAGGGCCCAAUUUCUCCCUAGUCUGCUGUAUUUCCUUCCUAGGAAGAGGCCCGCUGCAGAGGGCCGGACCUGGAUGCUGGGCUUCGUGGGGCCUGUCACACCUCCCCUCCUGGAGGCUCCUUAGGCUCUUGCAGUUUGGGGCUGUGGGGCUAGGACAUGUUCACAUUUGAUUGAGAUUGGACUGAGACAUUACCAGAGAUACCCAACCCCCGAGAUGUGGCUGCUGGUCUGUACAGUCCAGGCUAGAUCUGAGGAUCAUCCAUUAGUAAAUGCUUCUCAACUUGCUCUUGUGUUAGUUAAGCCAUUGCAGCAUUCCCCGAGUGCCUUCCUGUCCCCAUUCCUAUCAGAGAACAUGGUCGCUGACCCCAAAGAGCUGUCAUUCUGGUAACAAAUGGAGGCCUGUCUGUCUGUUGUGGGCUGGGCUCCCGACCUGGCUUCUUUUCCUCCACAGGUCUUUAUUUUCAGCGUAUCAGUCACUGUAAUGUAUGGAGUAUGAUGAUCAUGGACGCAGUGAUUGAGGUACAUACAGACUGCUACUGUGGGGGCUCAAUUUCCUGAAUGACAAUUGAGGGAAUGAGGUUAAUUGGGGGUGGCUUUUAUUGUUCCUUACAGCCUGAGGCCCAAGAGCUAGACAGAUUAGAAUAGUUUUUCCUACUGGCCAUAUCCUCCGAGUGGUUCAGAGAACAGAUUACACUGCAGACAUGAUGGAUAUUACAACCCCCACCAAUAGGCAAUAUCUCCUCUCUCUUCUUGCCUAGGAGUCAGGGAUAAAUAAAUGACUUGUGGGUACAACAUGGUAAGUGUGAUCAGCCCGUUUGGAACAUUGGUUCCCAUAGGGGACUCCUUAGCUUUUUUAGGGUGAUUUGGGGCUAUAUUGAGCAAAGUUUUUAAAAGAGUAGUUAAAACUUGAUCUGACUAGACCUGGGAGUGAAUGGAGCUGGUAUGAGUGGUGUUGGAAAUAUUCCUCGAUUCUUUGCAUUUCACAAGGAAAGAGAUUCGGCCAUUAGGCCAUAGCAAUAAUCCAGAACUAAGGCAAGGCAGAGAAAAUGAAGAUGGGUUUAAAAAAAAAAAAAAAUUAGUUUUUAAAGGAGGAAA